CAUUAGUCCAUCCCUAAUAAUUUUCACGUUGUUUUUUCAGCGCGUGUUUUCUUUGUGCGAAAACUCUAAAUUUGCUGAUUUCAGUGCAUUUGUGGACCAACAACAUGUCGAAGCGCCGCAUCGAAGUGGGUGAGACCUAUGGCAGCAAGCUGAAGAAAGGGAAGGAAGCGUCGGCGCCCUCGUCGUCUUCGGCAGCAGCAGCGGCUACGUCGGCGGCCGGCACAGUGGCCCAGAUCCUUGGCGGAUUCGUGCCCAGCAAGCAGCCACCGACCAUAAACCCGCUGACCAACAAGCCGUACUCAGUGCGCUACCAGAACCUCUACAAGAAGCGCAUAACCCUGCCGGUGUUUGAGUACCAGGCGGACUUCAUGCGCCUGCUGAGCCAGCACCAGUGCAUCGUGUUGGUGGGCGAGACGGGUUCGGGUAAGACCACACAGAUCCCUCAGUGGUGCGUGGACUUUGCUGUCAGCAAGGGCAGGAAGGGCGUCUCCUGCACCCAGCCCCGUAGGGUGGCUGCCAUGUCCGUGGCGCAGCGUGUCUCCGAGGAAAUGGACGUCAACCUGGGCGAAGAGGUCGGCUAUUCCAUUCGAUUUGAGGACUGCUCCUCAGCCAAGACCCUGCUGAAGUACAUGACCGACGGUAUGUUGCUCCGAGAGGCCAUGUCCGAUCCCAUGCUGGAACAGUACCAGGUAAUCCUGCUCGACGAGGCUCACGAACGUACUCUGGCCACCGAUAUCUUGAUGGGCGUGCUCAAGGAGGUGAUUCGUCAACGCAAUGACCUCAAGUUAGUUGUCAUGUCCGCCACCCUUGAUGCGGGCAAGUUCCAGCAGUACUUUGACAACGCACCGCUGAUGAACGUACCAGGACGCACACAUCCCGUGGAAAUAUUUUACACCCCUGAGCCGGAAAGAGACUACCUGGAAGCGGCCAUCCGCACUGUUAUCCAGAUUCACAUGUGCGAGGAGAUUGAAGGCGACAUUCUCAUGUUUCUUACGGGCCAGGAGGAAAUCGAGGAAGCCUGCAAGCGCAUCAAACGUGAAAUCGACAAUCUCGGUUCGGAAAUUGGAGAACUGAAAUGCAUUCCCCUGUACUCGACGCUGCCACCCAAUCUGCAGCAGCGCAUCUUCGAGUCGGCCCCGCCUCCCAACGCCAACGGCGCCAUCGGCCGUAAAGUGGUGGUGUCCACCAACAUUGCUGAAACAUCUCUGACCAUCGACGGUGUGGUGUUUGUCAUAGACCCGGGCUUUGCCAAACAGAAGGUCUAUAAUCCCAGAAUCCGUGUGGAGAGUCUCCUGGUCUCUCCCAUCUCCAAGGCCUCGGCGCAGCAGAGGGCUGGUCGUGCUGGUCGUACGCGUCCGGGCAAGUGCUUCCGUCUCUACACGGAAAAUGCUUUUAAGAAUGAGAUGCAGGACAACACGUAUCCCGAAAUUCUGCGGUCCAACUUGGGAACUGUGGUUCUUCAGCUAAAGAAACUGGGUAUCGACGAUCUGGUGCACUUCGAUUUUAUGGAUCCCCCGGCACCGGAGACCCUCAUGCGUGCCCUGGAGUUGCUCAACUACCUGGCUGCCUUGGACGAUGAUGGAAAUCUGACGGAUUUGGGCGCGGUGAUGUCCGAGUUUCCCUUGGAUCCCCAGCUGGCCAAGAUGCUGAUAGCCAGUUGUCAGCACAAUUGUUCCAACGAAAUCCUUUCUAUUACGGCGAUGCUGUCGGUGCCACAAUGCUUCGUCCGACCCAACGAGGCCAAAAAGGCGGCCGAUGAGGCCAAGAUGCGCUUUGCUCACAUCGAUGGUGAUCAUCUGACCUUGCUGAACGUCUACCACGCUUUCAAGCAGAGCAACGAAGAUGCCAAUUGGUGCUAUGAAAACUUCAUUAACUUCCGUUCACUGAAGAGUGCCGACAAUGUCCGUCAGCAGCUGGCCAGGAUCAUGGAUCGUUUCAAUCUGAGACGCACCAGCACUGAGUUCACCUCAAAGGACUACUACGUAAACAUACGAAAGGCCCUUGUCCAGGGCUUCUUCAUGCAGGUGGCUCAUCUGGAACGCACUGGACACUAUUUAACCAUAAAGGACAACCAGAACGUGCAGCUGCAUCCGUCGACUUGCUUGGACCAUAAGCCUGACUGGGUCAUUUACAAUGAGUUCGUGCUGACCACCAAAAACUAUAUUCGCACAGUGACGGACGUAAAGCCUGAGUGGCUUCUCAGUCUGGCACCGCAAUACUAUGACUUGAACAACUUCCCCCAGUGCGAGGCCAAACGCCAGCUUGAGCUGCUGCAACAACGAAUGGAGACCAAGCAGUACCAGAAGUGAUUCUAAUUUCGCCGACCGCUUAUUUAGCUCUAGGGGCGUUACUGGGAGGGGAUGAGGGGUUUGGAUGCCAGAGAUACUUUGCGGUCACUUCUAAGGAUAGAGAUGAACUGUUUUGCUUUUUAUUGUUUGCUUAAUUUAAUCCUAAGCACAUAGACACGAGCAUCUACUGAUCUUUAAUAUCCACCAGCCCCGUUUAGUUUAUAGUCAUAAUAAAGAAAAGCAUCUUUUUAUAAAAUAA